CACAGAAGAUGAUCGAGAUGUUCGUCAGGACCAAACACAAAAUCGACAAAAGCCACGAGUUCGCCCUGGUGGUGGUGAACAACGACAGCACCUGGCUCUCGGGGUUCACGUCGGACCCGCGCGAGGUUUGCAGCUGCCUCUACGACCUGGACACCGUCGUGUGCCAGUCCUUCAAUCUGGACGGGCUCUUCAACCUCAUCCAGCAGAAGGUGGAGCUGCCGGUGACCGAGAGCGUCCCGACCAUCCCGCCGCCCUUCGUGCUCAGAACCAUCCUGGUGCUGGGGCGCUGCCAGCCCCCCUUCUGCGGGGCCGAGCAGGCCAAGAAGCUGCUGCAGUGCCCCUAUUUCUUCUUUGACGUGGUUUACAUCCACAACGGGCUGGACGAGAAGGAGGACGAGAGCAGCUGGAAGGACAUGUUCGGGUUUUUGGGCAGCCUGGACACCAAGGGCACCAGUUACAAGUUCGAGGUGGCGCUGGCGGGGCCGGCGCUGGAGCUGCACAACUGCAUGGCCAAGCUGCUGGCGCAUCCCCUGCAGCGGCCGUGCCAGAGCCACGCGCGCUACGGGCUGCUGGACGGCGACGGCGACGGCGACGGCGAGGCCACCCCCUGAGGGACGGCGGGGGACACGGCCGGGGACACGGGCAGGGGACACGGCUGGAGGGACACGGGCAGGGGACAUGGGCAGGGGACACGGCUGGA